AUGCAGAACCGCCAGGACUUCCUUCUCGUCCUUGGGAAGGCUCUCGUCAAGUACGCGGCGCCCUCACAUCGACUCGAAUCCCAGCUCCUCGCUGCCGCGCGCAUCCUCGAGGUCGAGCUGCAGACCGUGCAUCUCCCCACCACCAUCAUCGCAUCCUUCGGCAACGACAGCGACGGCACGUCCGAAGUGCACGUCCUCUGCCGCAAGAGUCAGCUCGCGCUCGGUGCGCUGCACCGUGUCCACCAGAUCUACCGUGCGGUCGUGCACGACGAGGUCAGUGCGAAGGAAGCGAUGCGGAAGCUGGACAGCAUGCUUCAGGAGCCGCCGAUAUACGGCCCGCGAGCGAAGCUCGUGCUCUCCUUCUGUCUGUCAGCGCUCAUUUGCCCCUUGGCGUUCGGUGGCUCCUUCGUGGACAUGUGGCUUGCAGGCGUGGGUGCAUUUGCCCUAUGCUUCGUGCAAACCUAUGUUUCCUCGAAAAGUGGCACUAUUUAUGCCAAUGUAUGGGACACUACCGUCACUGUCGGCAUUUCAUUCGCCGCUCGUGGCCUGAGUAGCAUUAGAUCACAGGUCUUCUGCUACUCGGCCAUAUCUUCAUCGGCAAUUAUUGGCAUCCUGCCGGGAUUCCUUGUUUUGUGCAGCGCUCUUGAGCUUGGCUCCAAGAAUCUCGUCUGUGGCAGUGUCAACCUCGUCUACGCGCUCAUUGUUACUCUGUUCAUCUCAUUCGGUCUGGAGAUCGGCUCGGAGCUCUUCCUGCUCUUUGAUCCCCACGCACAUACCGAAGUAACAACCCUUGCCGCUCGCGCCGCCAGUGCCGUCACUAUCACUGGCACUUACAUCGCCGACCCCAAUACGGGCAGCACCUUGAGCGGCGCGUUCAGUUUCACCAACUCUACACCCAUCGUCGUGCAGAAUAUCGUCAUCAACUGCUACCGCCCGCCUGAAUUCCCGUGGUACCUGCAGCCCUUCCCAUGGUGGACGCAGUUCUUCCUUGUCCCCCUCUUCGCGCUUCUGUGCUCGCUCGCGAACCAGCAGCCUCUGUUGUCGUGGGACCUCAUCGUCAUGGUCUUCAUCUCCUGCGUGGGCUACGCCGCCAACAAGAUCGCCAGCAUGUUUAUUUUCAACCACUCCGAUAUCGUCUCCGCCAUCGGAGCGUUCGCGAUCGGACUUCUGGGGAAUAUCUACUCCAGAAUGCUGGGCGGUACCGCAUUCACGGUCAUGGUGCCCGGCGUUCUCUUCUUGGUCCCUUCUGGACUGUCACAAGCCGGAGGUAUUAACGGCCAAGGAGACAACGGCGGUAUCGACACCGGUUAUGCGAUGGUGGAAGUCGUCGUUGGUAUUGUUGUUGGACUUUUCAUAUCGCAAGCCCUCGUCUAUAUCCUCGGCAAUCGCAAAAACGCCGCGUCAUUUACAUUCUAAUAUACAUAAAAUCGUCUGAAAACAACUAUAGAAGUAGAGCCUCAAAUAAUAAAGACAUAAAAUCAUUG